AUGGCAUUGGCAAAUGAGAUAUUAAUCUGUGGAACCGAUUUCUCAAGGUAUGCCAGGAUUAAAUACUCCGUACUGGGUUACAAAGUAGAUACUGUGCCUUCCUGUACCUGGUACAUUGGUACUGUCAUCAUGCAGACUCAAUCCUCCACCUCCAGUACUACAACAAUCAUGGCUUAUCCACCUCGACCUGAGUCACAAAGUCCUACUUUAACGGAACCAGAUAUGAUUCUUCCAUUACAAAAUGAAACGACUUAUGAUUCUGAAUCAUCUUCGCGGCAUACCUCUUUUCAAUUUGCUUCCAUGUCGGAAGAUGCAUGGCAACGGCCAGCCGAUUCCAAAUAUCAAAGUGGGCUGCCGUCUAAGACACCAACUACGCCGAUUAUAUAUGGGAAUGGAACAAUGUUAUCAGAUAUAGGCGAGGUUACAGAGGCGGAAAGUACACCAGCGAAGAAAUUACCUGGUCCUGCCGAGCGAAGGUUUAUCAAGCAGCAACAACUUCAAAACGGUCAUCGAGUAAGCUCAGUAUCAUUGGGACAUGAAUUGAGAAGAUCUGGAACCAAGACUGGAACGCACGAGAGGAAAAUAUCUGUGGAAUCAGCAAGUACUAUUACUUCAGAACCACAAUCUGCGAUGUUUGAAGAUAUCGAUGAUACAGUCAGCGUGGAUGAUAGUAAUUUCCAGGGUGAUGAUGAGGAGAGUGUGGCGGAAUCUUAUACGGACACUUAUCGCGAAGAGCUUGUCGAAACGGAAACACGUAGAUUAUCGCGCAGGGAAGGAAAUUUUGAAGAUGGGGAGGAUGAUCAAAAUUCAAGUGCUGCUUUGAGUAGAAGGGCCGAACAAAUUUUAUUGAAUGCCAAACGUCGACUCAAUAAUAUGGAGGGGAAUUUAACACGAGCGCGAAGCUCCCUUUAUGUAACGCCUUCUAUUUCCAUGCCUUCGAUUUACAGCAGUAGUCCUUUAACCAAUCCAUCUCUCUUACAAAUCGACCGGCGCAUAAGUGGUGUACCUUCAAGACAACGAUCAUUUUCUAGUUUCCAUACAAGCUCGGCAGCUUUGAGUCCUGGUCAUUCGAGGGUUUGGAGCGAAAAUAAUAUAUCUCCCUCACGAGCAACGGCAUUCCCAGUUCGUGCCUCAAGCGCGGCAGCUACGUAUAGAACUAGAAGUAGUAUGGGCUCGCACGCAUCAAAUCCAGCAUCGCCAGGUUCCCCGCCAAUCAUCAAGGAGGAGAGUAAUGGAAAUAUAAGGCCAAUAGGAUCCGGUCGAUCUUCACCACAUAACAGGGUAUCCCCCUCUCAAGCAUCGUAUCUUGAACCUCUGGUCGAGGAUGGGGUUCCCGAAUUUGAUGACAGGACUAAUGGCUGGACUAAUCCUGAUAGAGAUUAUUCAACCGUACGAGAAGGACGCUUGAGUCGUUCUUCGUCAACUUCAAGCAUUAGAAUGCAGGAUAUACAGCAUCAAAUGCAUGACCUGAAAGGAAGAUUGUCAGCUUUGCGAGAUCGUGCGAGGGAUGAUAAUAUGAAACGUCGCAGUCUCCAAAGUUUACGGACGCCUAGUCCAUUCACGGCCGGGGAGCAGUGGUACAAUGGAGGUGUUAAUGGUCAGGACGCAAAGACAGAUUCAGUGGUAGAUCACGGUCAAUCGAAUGGAGCUCAGAAUGGCGAUUCUUCCAAGGAUACAUACUCUGUACACCUGUCCCAGUCAUCUACAAGACAAGCUCCAAACUAUCCCAAAUCAGAUGCUACGAGCAUAUAUGAAGAUGUGGACGAGAGCCAAGUGAAAUCACCUGAAUUAUCGAGCCCACGUCAAAAUCAUACACCGAUAGUGGAAGAAGAGGGCUAUGACACGUGUUCAGAAGAGUCGGAAAUUUCAAGCAACCAUAGCUACAAUGACGAUCGUGAAGAAUUCAAUGAGUUUGACCAUGAGGACAACAGUGAUGCAUCAAUUUAUCACGAAUCAGUGACCGAGCAGAUAUCACACGAGGAUCGUGAAGAUGCAUUUGAUUACGAACAUUUCUUCCUACAUAGCGCAAUGGGUACGAUGAGUCGGGAAAGAAGAGGAAGUAUUACCUCAGAGGAUUCCGUAGAAACAACACGAGGACCAACAGCUCCAAUGCCUCUUGUGGAGAAUGAUCAUGACCCUAGUCAACGAUCAUCCGUGGUUCAUCUUAGAUCCGACAGUAACGCUUCUAUUUCUACUCUAGCCACUUUUGCGACUGCCAAGUCAAAUAUGGACGAUGAAGAAAGUAGUGAAGAUGAGGAAUAUCCUUUCGAUUCAACAGCUCCUUAUACCGAUAUACGUAAUCAUAACGCUCCGGACUCACCCACAAUCGCUCCUUAUAAUUCAAAAAGAGCCGGUUCUAUUGGAAACAAAAGAUCAACAUUUGGCUCUUUGCCCAGAAACACCGCAAUCCAUGACUAUAACGACAUUGGAAUAGCUCGAGGCUCUGGAUUAUACGAUAUUGACAUCAGACCCGACCUACACUCUAGAAAUCGCUCCCUCGAUUCUGUUACCUCUAACAGCACUGCUCGUAGCUUCCCUCUUUCCACCAAACUCAGAGAAUAUCCAAAUAACUUCACCCCACCUGGUACCGCCUCUAGUACCCCUUGUCAUCCAACACGCACCACAUCCCUAGAAAAUAAUCGCAACAAGGCACGAACUUCACCAACCCAGAUGCUUUCCAACGAUGAUCAAAUUCUCGUCGAGCGAUUAGUCGCUAGUCUGGGAAAAUGUAUCUUGGGUUUACAGAAUACGGAAGCGGGAAAUUAUGAUUCUAGAAUUUGGAGACGAAGAUUAGAUGCUGCAAGGAGGGUUUUAGACGGUGAAGAGGGAGCUAUUUAA